UGGACACAAAAAUACAAAAAAGUCGAUUUUCUUCACGAAUUCCUACAUAAUUCCAUCUUCAUUUCCUUAAAAACAUAAUGGCUGAUCCUAAAUAUGAAAAUCUUCCUGGCAUAGCCUACGACCAGCCCGAUGUGUAUGAAACUGGUGAUUUGCCGGAAGCAGAUCAGCCCGAGCCUAAUGAGGAGGAAGAAAACGAGUGCAUUGAACAGCUCCACCUUUCUGUGAAGGAUUCUUUCAAUAAGUUCAAAGGGAAAUUUCUAACUGGCGCUGUCGAUUUCUCAGAUAGACUGAGCCGUAAGACCAGGAUCGGCUACCGAGCUGGUGAAUGGGAAUUAGCUGCCGAAGGAGAACCAGAGACCCCACUGGAGCGCUACAAUAGACUUCGCUGUGAAUUUUCUGAACUUUUAGAGCAAAUCACUGAGCAACAGAACAAGGCUACUGAAAGUGAAAGGGAUGAAUUCUCAAAGUUAGCAGCUCAAAUCAACUCAACCAAGAAACUUCUAGAAGAAUUGAAACUGGAAGAAGGAGAGCAUAUAGACCCUAAGGCUGAAAAGUUAAAGGAGUACCUGACUGUAAGUGGUAAGAAGAAAGGCGAGCAAGUGACAGCUCAUUUGAAGCUGAAGCCAGAAGUGAACCUGGCUCAGACCACCAGGAUAGCUCAGCUGGAACAUAGACUUCAUAAGCUAGAACAGGUAGCAGGUGUGAAAGAUGAAGAGGUGUUCAGGAGACUCCAGGCAGUCACUGGACAGGCGACUUUAUGCGGCGCGGCGGCGUCGUUAGCGGCGCAGGCGGCGCUGCUGCGACCGGGCGAGCUGGCAGCGGCGGACGCGCGAGUCGCCGCAUUGCUGACCAAUGUCGACGCGCUCAAGGCUGCCGUCCGACCCGCCGACCCUGAAGCUGAUGCUAAGGUCAAUGAGUUGUACAAGCUAUUGAAACAAAUAGAUGGCAUAUCACAUUCCGAGAUUCUGGAGCGUAUGGAGGCACUAGAAGCGUUACACAAUCAAGCAAGCAACUUCGGCAAAUCCCUGACGGAGUUGGAGACGCUACAAAGCACGAUCGCUGGAGGAGUCCAGAACAACAAGGAACUUUUGCAGGGCGUGCAAGAGGUGUUCGCGCAUAACGUCGACAGCCUGCACAAGGAAAUCAAGAAGCUGGACGAAAGGAUCGUUAAGAUCGCGGCGGCGUGAUGACGCGUGGUUUAGGCCUUUUGUUAGAUGGGACGACACAUCGGAAACCUUUAUUGCUAGUUAGUAAAUAUAAUAGAAUAAAAUGAACUUUCAAAAAUUAUAAACUUGGUCUUGGCAGUUGUUCUUCUAUCUUGCUUGACCAGCCAGAAUGACUUAUGUUUGGUAUAUUGUGUAUGGUCUAUGAACAAAUGAUUGUAAUGGCAACAUCUUUCUGAUACAUUCUUGAUAAGUGUAAAAAGCAUUUUGUGUUGGGAUUUCAGGCACAUGGUAUAAAUCCAUGAAAAUUAGUUUCCACAACCUUUCACCUGUAUUAUCAACAUUCCCAGUGCAGUGAUAGAAAUAUUUGAUUUCAUUUCCUUGUGCUCAACAAACAUUAUGGUGUUUUUUUUCCAUGUGUCGUUCUAUGGUAUGUGCAUUAUUAAAACAGUCGUUUCAGGCUGUAUGUUACGAAUCAGCACUAUCAUGUUAUUUGUUGCUGUCAAAGUAUUUAAUCAAAUUGAGAUUUUUUUACAUAAUUUAGUGCCAGAAAUCACAACAGCUACCAAUUAUGACUACCUUCAAAUCUCAUUGUUAAGAAUUUAUAGUAUCUUUAUGUAAAGCUAAACCCAUUAUAAUGUCAUAAUAAUGUAAGUUAGACUGCUUAAAAUUAAUUUAUUUAAAUGAUAAUAAAAGCUAUAUUAUAGAGAA